AUGGCAAUGGCAAUAUGCUCUCAACUAGGAGCAAGGAUUCCACCACAGUGUUAUCUAAAAGACUCAUCCAAAACAUUCCUUAAUCUCCGAAAGACACACUCAAUGCCAUCAGAGAAAAAAGAAGUGUUCAAAUCACUAGAAAACUGGGCAGUGCAAAGUCUUUUACCACUAAUCAAACCUGUGGAGAAGAGCUGGCAACCGCAUGACUUGUUGCCAGACUCGUCACUACCCACGGAUGAGUUCAUGGAUCAAGUGAAGGCCUUGAAAAAUCGAACGGCCGAGCUUCCAGAUGAUUAUCUUGUAGUAUUGGUGGGUGGCAUGAUCACCGAGGAAGCAUUGCCUACAGAUAUGCUGAGUGGUCAGCUACACUCCUUUUGUCAGCUUGCACUCUUAAGAAUUAUGUUGUGUCCGAGACUUUCUUUAGGAAAGUCUGAAGAGUUGGAUUGA